AUGCAUUCCUCCUUGAACCGCGUACAGUCCGUCUUCGGAUUCUUCACCACUGUCGCCCUGGUGGUGAGUGCACUGGCCGCAGUGUCAGUGGUGCUCUUCCCAGCAGAUACCACCACGGCCGCAGUAGAGCUGAAGAACGUCCAGGUCGUCAAAGGAAGACCACACUACUACUCCACCAAACGCGAAGAAUACGCCCAGCUCCGCUUCGACCUAGACGCAGAUCUAAGCCCCCUCUUCAACUGGAACACAAAACAACUUUUCGUCUACGUCUACGCCAGCUACUCCUCCUCCGAAACCCCCAAUUCGCCAGUCCGCAACUCCGAAGCCAUAAUCUGGGACACGAUCAUUGAAGCCACGCCCUCGCCUUAUUCCUGGGAUAUCGUCAAAGAUGAGAUCCUCGCCCGUGUACCGGAACAGAUCGCCCCCGCCGCGGCGGCUGCGAAACGGCGUAUUAAAAAGCGUGCUGCUGCUGAGAAGGCCGCUGCUAAGAAGGCUGCCGCUGCUAAGAAGCAAAAGAAGAAUGAUGAGCCUGUGGCACCUGGUGUUCUCCGGUUGCGUGGCCAGAAGGGCAAGUAUCAGAUUAGUGAUAUUACUGGGAUACUUGCUGAGCGUCAGAACGUGACGUUGCAUGUUGGGUGGAAUGUUCAGCCUUGGGUCGGAGCUUUGUGGUGGGCUCCUGCUACCGGCGCUGUGCCGCGGACUGCUGGGACUAUUGUUCCCAGUGCACCUUUUGAUUUCCCCGAGUUGAAGGGAAAUAAGAAGGCUGCUGCUGAGGCCAAGGCGAAGGAGAAUUCAUGA